CUCCCCACCCUCCCCUCAAUACGAAUCCGCCCUCAUCACGAACACGAUCUACACAAUCACCACAGUCCAUUUCGGAUACAGUCUGCAUUCAAGAAAGAAGGCAACCCAGCCAAGAAAAUCCGCGAAGAGCGCCAACAGCAAGUCCGCGAAGCAUUUCUUCAUGCGUGGGAGGGUUACAAACAACAUGCCUGGCUACACGACGAAGUUAUGCCAUUAUCAGGCGGACAAAAGGACCCAUUUGCUGGCUGGGCCGCAACGUUGGUAGAUGGACUGGAUACACUGUAUAUCAUGGGGCUUCAAGAAGAAUUCGACAAUGCGUUGAAGGCGCUGGAUUCGAUUGACUUCUCUACACCAAAGGCUGAGCGGGUACCAGUUUUUGAGACGACCAUCAGAUUCCUCGGUGGUUUACUGGGAGCAUAUGACGUUAGUGGGCCGAAGUACCCGAUAAUUCUCCAGAAGGCGGAUCAGUUGGGAGAGUUUCUGCUACGUGCGUUUAAUACCUCGACUGGUAUACCUGUGCCUUAUUUUUGGUGGGGAAAACAGGACGACAUAUUGCAGGGUGAAAACAAUGUUAUCAUUGCGCAGAUAGGCUCACUCUCGCUCGAGUUCACUCGCCUAGCACAGUUGACAGGGAAGCGGAAAUACUUUGACAGUAUAUCCAAGAUCACGAAUCAUCUUGAUGCUGCACAGAACCACACCAGAAUACCUGGUCUUUGGCCUUCCACAAUCGAUACAAAAGGCCCUUCUUUUCCUAGUGCUUCUUUCACUCUGGGGGCAUUCUCAGAUUCAUUAUACGAGUAUCUACCAAAGGAGCACAUUCUUUUGGGCGGAAAUACAGAUCAGUAUUUGCGAAUGUAUCGCGCAGCUCUGGGGCCUGCUGCUAAAUACCACUUUUUUCAGCCCAAGACCCCUGGUAAUCAAGACAUUCUAUUUACGGGUUCCCUUGAAGCAAGAUCUGAAGGUCCUCCCUCUCUAAAUCCAGACGUUCAGCACCUUGGCUGCUAUGCAGGCGGCAUGGUAGGGCUAGGAGCUCGGAUCAAUAACUCUCCAGAAGAACUCGCAAUGGCAAUUCGAUUGACCAACGGCUGUGUGUGGUCCUAUCAAAACACAGCAAGUGGGAUCAUGCCUGAGAUAUUCUCCGUUGAGGCGUGCCAAAGUCCUUGUGAAUGGACUGAUGAGAAUGCCGUUGAACUUGGCCACCAACAUGGAUUCACCAGAGUGGUUGAUUCUAGCUACCAGUUACAUCCUGAGGCUAUUGAGUCUGUGUUUGUUAUGUAUCGCAUUACUGGAGAUCCAAUCUGGCAAGAAAGGGGCUGGAAGAUGUUUAAGGUUAUUGUAAAGCAUACUAGGACGGCUAUUGCAAAUUCACGGCUCCAGGAUGUCACGAAUCCAGUGCCACCACAAGAAGACUCCAUGGAGAGUUUUUGGUUGGCUGAAACGUUGAAAUAUUUCUUUCUGUUGUUCAGUGAACCUGAUGUCAUUAGUUUGGAUGAUUUUGUACUAAAUACCGAGGCGCAUCCAUUUCGACAGAGAGAUAGUUCAAUAGAGUUAUGACCCUUAUAAUUAUGAUGAUACGUAUUUUUUAGAUUGUGAGAAAAGCUUGUCGAUAUUCCGGAGGAGUGCUGGAAGAUAAUCGUCGGACGCAGGAGAAUUCGCAGAGGAAUGGAGGGUGCGACAAUUAGAGUAGAUGUGGAAUAGGGUGCCGGCAUAGAGACGG